GUAGAUUCCAAGAGGUCUUGGUAGAGAAAGUUUACGUGAUCUCGAAAUUUAGUACUGCGGGGAGAAAAUUGGGCGGCGAUAAACUUUUGCCACCCCGCCUUAUCAAUACCUGCAAAACCUCGUUAAUACAUCAUACCCCUCCUCCACCAAAACUCGACACACGACAUAAAUAAACCACAACAAUUAGGAAUAAAUACACAGGACCUACGUCAAUAUGGUGCUGGCUAAGUCGAAGAAGGCUGUCGGCCUUGGAAACAGUCUGAUGAAUGACCGUUUCGGAAAAGGCAAGGGAGCAGACAGAAAGAAAGUCACUUCCGCAGGAAUUCACAGAAUCAACCACGCAACAGGAGAGACAUAUGUCACGAACGAGAGAAAGGAGGCCAGUUGGGUCAAGAUGCGCUCUGUUACCGAACAAGCUGCCUUGGACGAGUUUUUAUCGACAGCAGAACUCGCUGGAACCGAUUUCACAGCGGAGAAGAUGAGCAACGUCAAAAUUAUCCACACCGACCAGAAGAACCCAUACUUGCUGUCCGCAGCAGAGGAGAGAGCCGCUGUUGGAAAGCAAAAGGAGCACUCCGACAAGUUGACAGUGCCUAGACGACCACACUGGGAUGCUUCGACGACGGCAGAACAACUGGAUCGUGCGGAGAGAGAGGCACUUUUGGAGUGGAGACGCGGGCUUGCAGAGCUACAAGAGCACAACGAUUUGCUCCUUACACCAUUCGAACGCAACUUGGAGGUUUGGAGACAAUUGUGGAGAGUUAUUGAGCGCUCAGACUUAAUCGUUCAAAUUGUGGAUGCAAGAAAUCCAUUGCUAUUUCGAUCGAUCGAUUUAGAAAGAUAUGUCAAGGAUGUCGACCCAAAGAAGGAGAACUUGCUGCUAGUCAACAAGGCUGACAUGAUGACACUUGCACAAAGACAGGCAUGGGCGGACCACUUUGAAUCGGCUGGAAUUGCAUACAAGUUCUUCUCUGCUCACCUUGCAAAGGAGAUCAACGAGGCUAGACUAGAGGAGGAAGACCAAUCCGAAUCCGAAUCUGAGGAUGAAGAGGAGGCUGGACUGAGGAACAAAGCAAAGGGUUUGACCUUAAAGGACGCAGAGGGCAGCGAGGAGGAGGACGAUCGUGGCGAUGACGUACGGACUCAUAUCCUUACUACGGAGGAGCUAGAGGAGCUUUUCCUGCGCCAUCUUCCAGCCACUACAGGUGAUUCAACAGACGAGUCAAGAAAGACACAGAUUGGACUUGUCGGAUACCCUAACGUCGGAAAGUCUUCGACUAUUAACGCCCUUAUCGGUGCAAAGAAGGUGUCUGUCUCCGCGACUCCCGGAAAGACAAAGCAUUUUCAAACCAUCCAUCUCUCUGAGAAGGUCAUCCUGUGCGAUUGCCCUGGAUUGGUUUUCCCCAACUUUGCGACUACCAAGGCAGAACUUGUCUGCAACGGUAUCCUGCCAAUCGAUCAACUACGUGAGUUCACUGGUCCUGCUGGCCUCGUGACGAAGAGAAUCCCUCAGCACUUCCUGGAGGCGCUCUAUGGUAUCAAGAUUGAAACACGGCCGCUGGAGGAAGGCGGAACUGGCAUUCCUACAGCGGAGGAGAUGCUUAUGGCUUACGCAAAAGCGAGAGGUUUCACAAGAACUGGUCAAGGCCAGCCCGAUGAGUCAAGAGCUGCGAGAUACGUCCUCAAGGACUAUGUCAGUGGUAAGAUUCUCUUCUGUAUGCCGCCACCAGGCAAUAUUGACCCAUACGACUUCAACCGCGAGCUUUACGACGAUGGGAACCUUCCAGAGAAGCGCAGAAACGCUCUCCAUGCAAUGAGCUCCGAUGAUCACGAUGAUAUGCAAUCGCUCGCUGACUCGACCCUCUCGGGAUACGAGACGGGACCAAAGACAUCGAAGAUGGAUGGCGCCUUCUUCGGUCAAGGACAAGGAAACAAUGCACAUCUCAGAAUGCCCUUUGCACACAAGUAUACUGAACAGGGUACUGCUUCCGGAAAACUACUCAGCGGCCGUAAGCAACGGACCAUGGCGGCCUUGGAGAAGGAUGUUGAUCCCAAAGACGCCAAGUUAUUGACCAGUAAGAAACACUUCAAAGGAGGGGUACAGGGGAAUGGCAAGCGUAGAGCAGAUUAUUUCAAUGAUGGGGCCAUAUAGUUCCAUGAGGGGUAUGCUUUGCUCGAUUAGUUAUUAGGUGGAUCUAGUGUACUGCACUGCACUUCUUUAUGACGGUCUGGACGGGUGGCGAGGAUAGAGGGGGGGAGCAUUCGAACGGCGUUUCAAAAGGGAUUUAAAAUCUGCAUUACCGAGCGUUGAAUUUCUAUUUUGAUUUUUGAUGCUCUUUCACAGUAGUAUACACUUAUAUAUGCUGCUAGAAAUGCAAUAACAAUAAAAUCGUAGAUACUUUUGAUCGCUUGUUGUGUAAAUUUGGGGAAGAGUCGUCUAUUUCGGUC